AUGGCUCCGCCGCUGGCGAUCUUUGGGUGGUGUGCGAGCUCGGCCCUGAGCGGUGUAACAUCCAAGCAAAUCCUGCAAGAGUACCCUCACGCCUUCAUCCUCUCUGCAUGGCAAUUCACUGUCGCAUUCGCAUGCCAUGCUUGGUACACCGCGCUGUACCACCCGACAGCGAUCUUCCAGCGCAGUGAGAAUCCGCGCGCACACAUGUGGCUCGUGCUUUCGGCCUUUGUGUAUUCUGUGGGCGUUUGCAGCUUCAACGCAGGAUUCUGGGCCAUGCAUGUCUCCAUCAACGAAACAAUGCGUGCAUUGGAGCCUCUUGUCAGCGUCACGCUGGCCGCAACUUUCCUUCGCGACCCGCAACUCAGUCGACUUCGCCUAGGGGCCUUGAUUCCCAUCGUUGCGGGUGUAUAUCUGUCGGCGAUGUCUAAUGCAGCGUUUUCAAUCGCUGGAAUGGCAAUCGCGAUGCUUGCCAAUAUUUCAUUCCCGCUGCGCUCGGCCCUCGUCAAGCGCAUCCAGCCAUUCAUGCCGCUACACGUGAUGUUUUAUUCCACAUUGUACUACGCCAUGUUGCUGCAGUGGGUUCUUGCUGGCCUUUGGAGCGUCUUUGGUAACGAUCCAGCGGCUUCUCGGGCCGUGGCAAGCGCCAACUUCAAAGAGUUUCUCUUUUCCGUGUUCAAUGGCGUCUUCUUUUACCUGUAUCAUUGGGUACGUUGAACAAGGUCAACAACAUGCAUGGAAUCGCAUUCACAUAUUUGGUAGUGCUCGUUUGUCGUGCUGUCGUCGACUGACAUGGUGUCCCAUGCAGUGUGGAAUGCUCUGCGCCGCGUGACCACGAUACUCUUUUCCGUGUGGUAUUUUGCUCUGCACCUCCAUCACACCAAUGCCCUCGGAAUGGUCGUGGCGUGCUCAGGCGCACUCUUGUAUGCCCACGCGUUGCGAACGGAACGGCGAAACAUUCAGCAUGGCCAGUCAAAGGAAACCCACCAAAUUGUCUAAGCCUGUCGUUCAUCGUUGAUUCCAUGUCGGAUCGUGUGGGUGCGAUCAUGGCGUCCAC